UCUCCAAUGAGAUCUCGAAGGAGACCCAGAUCUCCAAGCAGAUCCAAAUCUCCAUCGAUAUCCCAAUCUCCAAAGAGGAGAGUCUUGCGUCCAAAGAUGACAGCAAAGUCUCCACUGAGAUCCAGAUCUCCAAGGAGAUCCAAAUCUCCAAUGAGAUCUCGAAGGAGACCCAGAUCUCCAAGCAGAUCCAAAUCUCCAUCGAUAUCCCAAUAUCCAAAGAGGAGAGUCUUGCGUCCAAAGAUGACAGCAAAGUCUCCACUGAGAUCCAGAUCUCCAAGGAGAUCCAAAUCUCCAAUGAGAUCUCGAAGGAGACCCAGAUCUCCAAGCAGAUCCAAAUCUCCAUCGAUAUCCCAAUCUCCAAAGAGGAGAGUCUUGCGUCCAAAGAUGACAGCAAAGUCUCCACUGAGAUCCAGAUCUCCAAGGAGAUCCAAAUCUCCAAUGAGAUCUCGAAGGAGACCCAGAUCACCAAGCAGAUCCAAAUCUCCAUCGAUAUCCCAAUCUCCAAAGAGGAGAGUCUUGCGUCCAAAGAUGACAGCAAAGUCUCCACUGAGAUCCAGAUCUCCAAGGAGAUCCAAAUCUCCAAUGAGAUCUCGAAGGAGACCCAGAUCUCCAAGCAGAUCCAAAUCUCCAUCGAUAUCCCAAUAUCCAAAGAGGAGAGUCUUGCGUCCAAAGAUGACAGCAAAGUCUCCACUGAGAUCCAGAUCUCCAAGGAGAUCCAAAUCUCCAAUGAGAUCUCGAAGGAGACCCAGAUCUCCAAGCAGAUCCAAAUCUCCAUCGAUAUCCCAAUCUCCAAACAGGAGAGUCAAGCGUCCAAAGAUGACGGCAAAGUCUCAAAUGAGAUCAAAAUCGCCAAGGAGAUCCAGAUCUCUAAAGAGGAGAGUCAAGACUCGAAAGAUGAGAGCAAAGUCUCCACUGAGAUCCAGAUCUCCAAGGAGAUCCAAAUCUCCAAUGAGAUCUCGAAGGAGACCCAGA